CAAUCUCAGUCACUCAUCCCUCCAUCUUGCAACGCUCUUCCUUCUAGGAAGUGAUAUCAACCACCGGCCAAGAUGUCAGAUAAAAAGAUGUCGUCGAGUCGCAGGCAACAUCUGAAGAGCUUGAUGCUCCAGAUUGCCCAGGGGUUCAUAGAGGCUGAGGCCAUCCAGGCAGAGGAGGACAAAAACAGCUACAUGGAUGAGAAUGUCCCCUCCCUCUCCGUCCCUGAAUCCAUGCAGGAACUCCAGGAUCUGUGCAAGAAGCUCCACCAGCAGAUUGAUGCAGUGGAUGAGCAGAGAUAUGACACGCAAAGCAAAGUAGCCAAGUCCGAUAAGGAGAUUGAGGAUCUGAAGAUAAAACUACAAGACCUGAAGGGCAAGUUCAGGAAGCCCGUCCUGAAGAAAGUCCGCAUGUCUGCUGAUGCUAUGCUCCAGGCUCUGCUGGGCUCCAAACACAAGGUGUCCCUGGAUCUGAGGUCCAACCUGAAGCAAGUCAAGAAGGAGGUCAAGGAGGAGGUGAAAGAUGCAGCUGACUGGCGUAAGAACAUAGAGGACAAGGCUGGCAUGGACGGUAGAAAGAAGAUGUUUGAGUCCGACUCUUAAUGAAGACCCUUUAACAAGUACCCCAAUGUCUGUAUUUGUGUUCAUAUGUCUCAUCUGAUAACAUCCUCCAUUUUAAUCUACAUUCUCCUCCUUUCAUUCCUAU